AUGACAAACCCCAAACUUGUCAAGAUUCUAGCUGGGCUUGAAACUCCUGAUUUCAAGUCCAACGAGCCCGCCUUGCACGAACUCGAUCAAUUCCUCACUUUGCGUAGCUUCCUCGGCGGCUAUAGCUUGGGUGAGAUCGAUGAGAAAGUUUGGACAGCUCUCCGUCUCAACAAGGUGACUGUCGGAAUUGUUCGGCGCAACUUGUUCCGGAAUGUCACCAGGUGGUUUAAUCAUCUCGAAUCGACAUAUCCUGCUCUUCAGCAGGCUGUGGAGGCUAGCGCAUUAUCGUCCAAAGCAAAGGAUGUCGCCAACGUUAGCCAAGCUGGCGGUCGCUACAAUAUUAAGCUGCAAGAUACUGAAAAGGGGGUCGUCACUCGAUUCCCACCCGAGCCAAGCGGCUAUCUGCACAUCGGUCAUGCUAAAGCGGCUUUUUUAAACGACUACUUUGCGCAUGAUGCCUUCUCUGGAUCCAUGAUCCUGCGUUUCGAUGACACGAACCCGAAAAAAGAGAAGCAAGAGUUUGAGGAUUCCAUUGUCCACGAUCUUAAGCUACUUGGAAUUGAGACUCAACGAUUGACGUACACGAGCGACUACUUCGAACAACUUUACGAACUGGCCCAGAAGCUCAUUUCCGACGGGAAUGCUUAUGCUGAUGACACCGACCCCAAGAUCCAAAAGAACGAUCGUUACAAGCGUCUCCCCAGUAGCCGCAGGGACCGACCGGCUGCGGAGAGUCUCGAAAUCUUCAAGGAGAUGAGAGAGGGAACCGAACUCGGGAAGAAACACUGUAUUCGUGCUCGAAUCGCUUUUGACAGCUCCAACGGCUCUAUGCGUGACCCUAUCAUCUACCGGUUCCCCAGUUGGGAUUACGAGGAAGGGCCACAACCCCAUCACCGUACAGGUUGGGCGUGGAACAUUUACCCUACCUACGACUUUGCUUGCCCUUUGGUUGAUUCAAUCGAGGGCGUCACGCAUGCUCUCAGAACCACUGAAUAUGCCGAUCGCAAUGAGCAGUACUACUGGUUCCUUGAGACUCUGAACAUGCGCCGUGUUCACCUAUGGGACUUUGCAAGAAUCAACUUCAUCAAGACGUUCUUGUCAAAGAGAAAGCUCACCAAGGUGGUUGACAGUGGCAAGGUUGAUGGUUGGGAUGACCCUCGGAUGCCAACUGUGCGCGGUAUUCUGCGACGUGGUCUCACAGUAGAUGCCCUUCGCGAGUUCAUGUUGAAACAGGGGCCGAGCAGAAACGUUGUUUCGAUGGACUGGACCACCCUCUGGGCUACGAACAAGAAGGUCAUCGACCCUAUUGCGGCUAGACACACUGCUAUCGAAACGACGGGCAAGGUGGCUCUUUCUAUUGAAGGAGCCGCCCAUGCGCCGUGGAAUGAAACUCGACCCAAACAUCCAAAGAAUGCCGACAUUGGAAAAAAAGAAGUUGCAUUUGCAAACAAGGUCUUCAUUGAACAAGUUGAUGCUUUGUCUUUCAAAGUAAACGAAGAAAUUACGCUUAUGGCCUGGGGAAAUUUCAUCGUCAAGCGCAUCGUCCGGUUAGAGGAUGGCACCGUUGGUAGCCUAGAAGCGGUACUGAACCCUGGAGGGGACUUCUCCAAGACAAAGAAGGUUCACUGGCUCGCCGCUGAAGGUACUAAGCAUUUCGCUAUAGAGCUCUGGGACUUCGACUACCUUCUAUCUAAAGAUAGUUUAGGUAAGGAUGACGAUUUGGACAAAUUUUUGACAACCGUCACUGCCACUAUGACCGAAGCUAUUGUUGGUGGCGAUUGUGAGGGCCUUAUUGAUGGUGAUAUCAUUCAGCUCGAACGAAAGGGCUAUUUCCGAGUCGAUAAAGCCAUCGGUAAAGGACCCGAGGGCAAGGCAGUUAUGUUCAAGAUCCCUACUGGUUCGACUAAAGCGUGA